CUUGACCGCCAUGCUGCGCCGGCGAACGGGAGGAGGAGGAGGAGCCGCGCGCUUCUACCCACCCGCCGCGCCGCCGUGGGAGGCAGCGCCCGGCCCCGCCCCGCCCCGCCCGGCGGGCUCUCCGCGGCGCCUGGCCCGCUGCCGCGGCGCCCGGCGGCCCCGCGCCUCGAAAUCCCGCGGCGGAGCGGGCGGUACCGGCCGGGGCCCGGCGGGCUCGAGCGGCCGCCUGCCCAGUUCCGCGCCUCCGCGCCAUGAGGUGUGGAGCCGCCGCCUAGGGCAGGGAGGCGCUCGCUCGAGUCCCGCGCCGUCGGGGGAGGAACUCCCGGCGGCGUCUGUCGCGGCCCAGGGAAAUGGGAGGGCGCUUCGGCCGCGCCCCUCGGCGCGGCAGGGACUUACUCCUAUGGAGAAGAAACUGGCUGAAUACAAAUGUAACACAAACGAAGCAAUUCAGCUAAAACUAGUUCGCUUUCCUGAGGAUUUGGAGGAUGACAACACAACAUUUAAUCCAGAGUAUAGCCAUCAAGUGUUUGGUGAUGAUGAAGUUGCCUUUGGCUACAAGGGACUGAAGAUUCUCUUAUACUAUAUUGCUGGUAACCUGUCAACUCUCUUCCGCAUUGAAUAUACAUCUAAAGUUAAUGAGAAGUUUGACUGUGUGGAGGCAGAUGAUGUUGAAAGUAAAAUUAGAGAAAUUAUUCCUCCUGGCUUUUGUACAAAUACAGAUGACUUUGUCUCUCUGUUGGAAAAGGAGGUCAACUUUAAGCCCUUUGGAAUGCUGCUACACACAUAUUCUGUUCAUAAUGAGGAAGCUGGUGAAGACAUUGCAUAUCAGAUAUAUAAGGCUGACAUGACGUGUCCAGGCUUUCGAGAAUAUCAUGAAAGGCUUCAGACAUUCUUGAUGUGGUUUAUUGAAACUGCUAGCUUUAUUGAUGUAGAUGAUGAAAGAUGGAACUACUUUAUAGUAUUUGAGAAGUAUAAUAAGGAUGGAGCUACGCUCUUUGCGACCGUGGGCUACAUGACAGUCUAUAAUUACUAUGUGUACCCAGACAAAACCCGGCCACGUGUAAGCCAGAUGCUGAUCUUGCCACCAUUCCAAGGAGAAGGCCAUGGUGCUCAGCUUCUCGAAACAGUUCAUAGAUACUAUAUGUCUUCUCCUACAGUACUUGAUAUAACAGCUGAAGAUCCAUCUGAAAACUACAUAAAGCUAAGAGACUUUGUUCUUGUAAAGCUCUGUCAAGACUUGCUUUGCUUUUCCCCAGGAAAGUUAAUGCAAGGCUUCAGCCAAGAAAUGGUAAUGGAAGCUCAACAGAAGCUGAAAAUAAAUAAGCAACACACAAGGAGAGUUUAUGAAAUUCUCCGAUUGCGUGCAACAGAUAUGGGUGAUGCAGAACAAUCCAGAAGCUACCGGUUGGAUGUUAAAAGAAGGCUGAUUGGCCCCUAUAAGAAAAAGCAGAGAGAACUUGCCAAGAUGAGAAGGUGCUUAAGACCAGAGGAGCUGACAAAUCAGUUGAACCAAAUAGACCUAAACAUGCAACAUGAACAGUUAGAAGAGAGCUUCCAGCAACUUGUUUCGGAUUACCGAAGAGUCCUAGAACGACUUGCACAAGCAUGAGGAUUUGACCUGUACAGGAAACUUGCAGAUUUCUGCACAGUGUUAUGAAGCACAUCCUUAAUUGCCACUUAACUGCAACAACAACAACAAAAAACCUUGUGACGUUUUAAUCACAUUAAGGGUGCAUUGUGUUUCUGUGAAUUUUGAAUAUUUUCUAUUUUAGUGCUGUAGAUUUAAAAAUGUUGUUCUUCGAGUUUGGGAGCACUUAAUGCUGAAAUAAACUGUAGAUUCUCAGAUACAAUAACAUGUAAAUUGUUUGAAUUUUUUAACCUUUCUGUUUUGCCUCGGGACUUAACAGAUAUCCAAGUAGCAAGUUAGUACAUGAUUGUAUAUAUUUAUACUGCAACUGUUCUAAAUUUCUCCUAACUUCAUCCUCCUCAGACUGUUUCACUUGGGCCCUACAAUAAUACUGUUUAAGCCUGGGCAUUCUUCAGCCACGUGAACAAGUUAUAAGACUAGUUCUUUGGACUGACUGGCAUGCAUCUGGAGUACAGGCUCUUUACAUGUUCUGAGAAAAGGAUCCUGCUGCCACCAGCUAUUAGGACCUGAUCUACUUCAGAUUCUACAGGGGGUAGUCUUAGGCAUAUUUUUUUUUACCAUCCAUUUUUUUUUUACCAUCCAUUUUUUUACCAACCACCCCUCCAUGAAUCCACAGGUUCAUGUUUAAGAAAAAAUACUUUACAAGUGGAGAAGCAAACAAGGCUUUGUAUUGAUUCCAAAAGCACUUUCCUUAGCUAAUGUAAGAAACUUACAAAUCUGUAGGAAGCCAGUGCUUUUAUAUAGUUCCCUUACUUUGUGAAUUCAAAUAUAUUCUUUUUAGAAUUUUCACUCUUCUGCCUAGGAUAUCUUAUGAUAUGUGGUUCAUCUACUGUAGUGUCAGAAACUAUUACAGUUAUUAAUCAUAGAAUCACAGAAUGGUUGGGGUUGGAAUGAACCUCUAAGAUCACCUAGUUUCAACCCUCCUGCUAUAGGCAGGGACAUCUCCCUCUAGACCAGGUUGCUCAAAGCCCCAUAUGUAUUGAUUUUACAUUGCUAGUCCUUCCUUCAACAACCAGAAAGAUUGCAAUUGAACCACAAGUUCUAUCUAUUAAAACGUUUCACUUACAAAAGGCUAUAAGCCACAAAGUUGGAAGUAUUUGAAACUGUGAGACUAGGAGGUCUGUGCAAUUAGUUGAAAUGGAAGGCUAUUACACAGAACAGGACAGAUUUAAGUCCCACUCAUGCAGAACAUACUAGCUGCCACUAUAUUGGCUUAUAUCUCUGGAGGGAAUAUCAUAGGGAUGGGCUGGCCUCCCCAUCACUCAAAUCUUCCUACAGCUUAAAAAGAUAAACAAUACAUAUACUAGUACUCAAACUACUCAUUUAAAUAAGUUUACCAUGUUCUUUGUUCCUUGAGCUAGAAGCCUGCAGAAAUGGGCUUUGCCAGAAAUGAGACUACAGAUGCUGUAUGUGCCUCCUUUUAGACCUACAAACACGUGUGAAAAGGAUCAUUGAUCUAACAAUUGCUGGAUUUCCGUGUUCAAAAUAGUCUUGCUUCUCGAGUCUAGAGAAACAAAGAGCAAACAAAAAAAUCUUUCAUUCUUCAAAGUUCAUUGCAAAUACAAGAAUUGCACCCAAACUGAAGGAAAUUCAGGUAAUAACAAAUGAAGGCAAGUCCUUGGGAGUAGCAUUUCAGAAUUCCCUUUUACCACUGCAAAAGAUCUUUAUACCAGGAGCAGAAACGUACGUUGUUUUCUUUCUUUAGUAAAGAGCACGCAGUAGUGAAAACAUUCCUCAGAUGCAGGGUAUGUGCUCCAUUUAAGACCUCUUCACGUUUUGAGCAGAAGAGAUCAAACAAAAGAAAUAAAGAUCAAUGGGAAGAGCUUGA